UUUGAUCACCUUGCCAAAUUCCUAGUUGAGCUGCGGGAUGAGAGGGCUCUUCGUGACAACAAGUUUCAGCAGCUCAUCUACCUGUGGGAACAGUUGCCAAGUUUUGAAAAGAAAAGGACCAACUUUCCAAGGAGCUACACAAAGAAGCAAUGGUCAGGGAAGUUUCGUCGAAGACGGAAACAUGUUGCUCCAGGGGUGGAGAGUAUCACUAAAGUUCUCCUAGGACCCAACCGAAGUCCAGCGCAGUGGCCAAACUGCAACAGAUACACAGAGGCCGCAUGUGAGCAUCUGUUGAAGAUCUUUCCUGGCGACCAGAAGCAUUAGGGACGUGUAUGGACUAGAUGACGUCUUGUCCUCAGGGCUUUCCACAACAUCCGACAGGUUGUUGUCAAGUCACAAAAGGCCAUGCAGAGGACAGAGAUACAACUGCCUUUGCUAAAUAAAAAACAACAACACUACAGCAGUGGUAAGUAAUGAAAAUAAAAUUCAAGCUCCAUGAAUCAUUAUUGUACCCAUGCACAUCAAAGUUGAAAAGCGUGUUUAAUGGUUUCAGGU